UAUAUCCUUGAAGAAUUUGUUCUUCUCCCGUAAUAUUAUAAUACAUUACCCAGAAAUUACAUAUAAUACCAAAUCUAUAUCAAAUCGGUAUAGCUUCCAAAACGUAUUAUUUCAAGUUCAGCUGUUCAAAUCAUACCAAUAUUGCUCAUAGCCAAAAGCAACGAAACUUUCUAAUGGCACGUUGGAUCAAGCCUGAGGUCUACCCGUUAAUGGCUGCCAUGGCAUUCGUAACAAGUUUGUGCACCUUCCAACUUACAAGGAAUGUGUUUCUGAAUCCUGAUGUCAGGGUCAACAAAGUUCAUCGCCGCAUGGCACUUCUGGAAAACGAAGACGAAGGAGAAAAAUAUGCAGAGCAUGGCUUAAGGAAAUUUCUUCGAACUCGCGAACCGGAAAUCAUGCCUGCCAUCAGGCUAAUAAUCACCCACGGA